AUGAGUGAAGAAUUAAAAAUGAAAGAAUAUGAUUAUUCAUUAAAUGAUAGUGAAGAUGAAGACGAUAGCGAUAGUGAUAGUGAUAGUGGUAGUUAUGAUAACGAUGGUCAAUUCGAUUUAGAUCAAUUUGACCCAACUAAAUCAUUCGAAUUAUCAUUAGUAAAGAGUAAAACUACAUCACCAAAAAAGAAUAAAAAAUCAAAAACUUCCGAUGAAGCAUUCAGAGUUAAAAUUAACCCAUACUCUGCAAAUUUAAAAAAUAUCAUUGGACAAUUGGAAAGUGAUUCUACAACCCUAUCGGAUUUACAUAAAAAGUUCUCUGAACAAUUAUAUCGUUUAAAGGUUGAAGAAGCACUUUUAGAAAAACUACAACAAGAUUUAAAUAAUAAAAACAAUGGCAAUGAUGGAAAUACAAACUAA